AUGAGACCGGGGAUCGGCCUUGAUAACAGUGCAGCAGAGUCACCGCGCCCUCGGAAGCCGUCCAAUGCCGACUUACAUCCUCCAUCAUUAGGUGGUGAUCGCGACCGCCAUUGCAAUCCUGCCACUACGUUCUUCCUCUCACGAGAUCCUGAUGCCUCCGCAAAGCCGCACCACUCCGACCGGAGUGCUGGAGCGUCGACGUCGACGUCGCCCUUGAGCAGCCUGCAGGACACCAUUGAAGAAGCCGAACGCGACCGCUCCUCUGCCAAACACACCACACCCCGACAAGCUGACACCUCAGGUGCAACAAGGAGUGGAAGUCGACGCCGGUCAACCAUCAAGCCCGGGACGAGUUGUGAACGCUUCCGACGGGGCUCUUCCAGCGCGAACCCUGAGAUCAAUGCUAUCCCUCCCCAAGCUGUCCCCGAGAGAGUCGUCACUCCGUCGCCAUUGCCUUCGCGAGACAUUUCUCUACCUGGCAGCCCGAAAUCCCUUGCUUCGCGCAGAUCGGUUCAGACGAAAUCGUCCGCCAAUUCCGACGAUGAGUUGUUGACUAAUGCGGAUGAGACGGGCAGUCAGGCAAUACUAUCCAGUGGUGAUGAAGAUGAGAAUGAGGCUGGGACUGGGCGAGUCGGUGGACCUGAAAUUCUAUCUUUAGGAGGAGGAAGAGUACAGGACAGCCAUCCGGAACUUAUCAUGCCUAGCAUCAAGAUGCCAUCCAGGCGGCCCUUUACGGAGAGGGGAAAGAGACUAGGGAGGUUCAAGGUUAUGGUUGCUGGCCGCAGAGGCGUGGGAAAGACCUCCCUCAUAAAAUCUAUCGUCCAACUAUGCGAAGACAUUGUCCACGUCGACCCUCUUGUUACCACGAACUCAUCUCACGGCUCCCACAGAACUUCAGCUAGUUUUUCCGAGGCGAUCAACGAGGUGUAUGCCUCGACAAAGCCGUAUCCGAUGUGGUGGUCCGCCAUUGAGGAGUCUCGCAUCCUACGCCGGCGAAAAUCGAUGGGAGACUCCGUGCUCGAACGGAACGUCUGCUUCGUGGACACCAGUGAUUCAGUCAAGCUGGAGAGGCUUGUUCACUAUGUGGAGCAACAACUCGUGAACGCCAUGGUGAGUGUGGACCAGCUCACGAGCGAGUUCUCGGGGUUGUUGAGUGGGCGGGGUGGGAGCCAGGUCGACGUGGUGUUGUAUCUGAUCUCGAAAGAUACUAUACAGGACGACUGUGAAUGUAUUCGCCAGCUGUCUGAAUUAUGCAACAUCAUCCCUCUCAUCGCAAAGUCGGAUCUCCUCACUCCAGAGGAUCAGCAAUAUAUCAAACAGACUCUGGACCCAAGCAUGUCCAGUCUGCCUCGACUCCCGACAUCCCUACCUUCAAUUGGGGAGUCGAUCGCAUUUACUCCAGAGCCCAACCAACCCACAUCGACACCGACAGCCACAGCACCUUUCACCGUAACCUCUACCAAUGGUCCCGACCUCGACACGAUGGACGCCUCCCUCCUCAUGUCACCCGAAUAUAUUCAGCCGCUCCUGCCCUCAGAGCUUACCUUACUCGUAGAAUCAAUAUUCGAGCCUGAGACAGUCGCUUACCUGCGCCACACCGCUGCGAGGAAACUCGUGACUUGGCACUUAGCACAUCCACGACUAACCUCUGUACCAUCGCCGUCUGUUACGUCACAAUCGUAUAACGCCUCAAUGCGGAAUUCAACACUCACCUCUCCAUUACAAACACCACUAAGCCCUUCCAACUCAGGCGUUUUGAUACCUGUGGGGUCAGAAGUCUCGCUCAACACAUCGAACUCUUGGGCACUGGCUAAAGUAGCCGACCACACACAACGGGAGGAAAGACUGGCGCAGAUUCGGCUGAGCAAAUGGGCCAGUGAAUUGCAGCUGAGCCUGCAGAGGGAGAGGGAGCGAUAUGAGCGGCUCGCACGAGGGGAGAGGGCCGUCUGGCUUGUGGAGAGAAUGGGAGAAGAAGUCCGCGACGGCACGAUUGUGCCUCUACAGCAGGGAGACGAUGUGCAGGCGCUCGUCAGAAAGGGCGGUAAAACCGGCAUGGCAUAUGGUGUCGAACUCAUGCCUAGCUAUCAAAUGCGGGAUCCGCUGGGACUGUUAAGGUGGCAGGACAGCAUGCGUGCGAGAGGAUGGAUCGCCCUGCAGAUUGUGGGCAGUUUCGGCGUUGCUGGUGGAUUAGCAUUCUGGCUGGCGAAGCAUUUCGGCGCGACGGGGAUUGUAAAUGAAUGGUGGACGCAAGGCUGGCAUUACUUUGGUUGGCACGAUUGA